UCGCCCCCCCUCCAGCCCUGACGCCGCCAUGCGGCGGGACGCGGAGCGAUGACGUCGAGCCCGCGCGGCGCGGCGGCCGGAGCCGCCUUCGUUCCCUUUUGUCCAAGAUGGCGGCGGCCGCCGGAGGCGUCUCCUGAGCCGCGGGCCCCGGCGCCAUGAAGCGGGGCAGCGAACGGGACUCCAGCCCACCGGGGGCCGGGGGAGGCCGCGCCGCCGCCGUCAAGCGGCCCCGCGAACGCGAACGCGAGAGCAGCAGCCGGCGCGGCCCGCACCGGAGCUCGGGCGCCUCCCGCAGCAGCCGGGACAAGUCCACGCCCGGCGGCGGCGGCGGAGGCGGCGGCGGCACCACCACCACCACCACCAGCGGAGGCGGCUCCAGCUCCCGCAGCCACCGCGGCGAUGAGCGCGCCGGCGGCGGCGGCGACUCGAACCACCGCCCGGCGGGGAGCGGCUCGGCCUCGGGCGCCCGCGGUGGCGGCAGCCAGGCCGCCCCCUCCUCCUCCUCUUCCUCCUCCUCCUCCUCGUCCCGGGCGCUCGGCGUGCCCAAGGCCAAGGCCCUGCCGGGCGCUGUGGUGGCCCCCUCGCUGCUGCUGGCCGGGCCGCCGCCGGGCGCCGCGCCCUCGCUGCUGCUGGCCGGGCCGCUGGGGGGCUCGGCGGGGCUGGCCGGGGAGCCGCCCGGCUCCUGUGAGUACAAGACGCUGCUGGUGAGUGGGCUGAGCGCGGCCCUGCCCGACCAGCUGCUGGAGGACGGUCUGUUCCGCCUCUUCCAGCGCUUCGCAGGGGGGGGAGCUGGGGACAUCAGUGUCAAACUCUCCCACACGCCCGAGCUCGGCCGUGUCGCCUACGUCAACUUCCGACACCCUGGGGACGCCCGCGAUGCCCGCCGGCACGCCCGGGCUCGGCAGCUGCUCCUCUACGAUCGGCCCCUCAAGGUGGAGCCGGUGUAUCUGCGCGGAGGACGGAGGAGCCGCACUCCACCUCCCGCGCCCUCUCCAGAGCCCCUGGGGUACCUGCCGCCCAUCCACGGCACCUACCAGUACAAGCAGAGAUCGCUCUCUCCUGUCACCAGCCCCUUGCUGCGGGAGCCACGGCCCAGGCACGCUCAUGCUGCAGCUGCCGCCUUUGCUUUGGAAGCAGCCGCCAUCGGGCUCUCCCGGGAGCGGGAGAGGGCCCUGGAUUACUACGGGCUGUAUGACGAGCGUGGCCGUCCUUACAGUUACCCCAUCAUGGCUGAGGAAGACCUGAUGCCGGAGGAUGAUCAGAGAGCAACCCGCAACCUCUUCAUUGGCAACCUAGACCACAAUGUCUCGGAGGUGGAGCUGAGACGUGCCUUUGAGAAGUAUGGCAUUAUUGAAGAAGUGGUGAUCAAGCGCCCUGCCCGGGGCCAAGGCGGGGCUUACGCUUUCCUCAAGUUCCAAAACUUGGACAUGGCACAUCGGGCCAAGGUCGCCAUGUCGGGCCGUGUGGUUGGCAGGAACCCUAUCAAAAUUGGCUAUGGGAAAGCCAACCCUACUACAAGGCUGUGGGUGGGUGGUCUUGGUCCAAGUACUUCCUUGGCUGCCCUGGCAAGGGAGUUUGACCGCUUUGGCAGCAUCAGGACUAUUGACUACGUGAAGGGAGACAGCUUCGCUUACAUCCAGUACGAAAGCUUGGAUGCUGCCCAGGCUGCCUGUGCGCAGAUGAGGGGCUUUCCUUUGGGCGGACCGGAGAGGAGGCUCCGAGUUGAUUUUGCCAAAGCAGAAGAGACAAGAUACCCACAGCAGUACCAGCCUGCACCACUGCCCGUGCACUAUGAACUGCUAGCGGAUGGGUACAGCAGACACAGAAGCCUAGAGCAAGACUUGAGGGUGCGAGAUAGGACUCCUCCACAUCUCCUGUACUCAGACAGAGACAGGAGCUUUGCAGAGGCAGACUGGGCCAGCCCUGCCAAAAAUGCUGAACGCAGAAACAACUUGGAAAGCUACAGCCGAUCAGUGCGUAGCCGGAGCGGAGAGCGCUGGGGCAGUGACAGCGAUCGCAGUGUGCCCAAACCAUGGGAAGAGAGGCGGAAGCGCCGGAGUCUUUCCAGUGACCGCGGGAGGACUACUCACUCGCCUUACGAGGACAGAAGCAGGACAAAGGCCAGUGGGCCAGCUUUAGACCGCAGCCCAGACAGGGCUCGCAAGGAGAAUCACACUACAGAAUCGGGAGCUGAGAAAGAGCAGAGUAACUCCCUUCAGAACAAUCGUCAUGCGACUGAGGAGAAACCCCAUCGUGAGGCAUCCGAUGCUCCCCAGCCUAAAAAAAGGGACAGCGAACGCAAUCAUCGAACUGGUGAAUCAGAAUCAAAAACUCACGAGGAGCCAAAAUCUGAGACCAAAAAGCUAAAGAAUUUAUCAGAAUAUGCUCAGACACUGCAACUUGCUUGGAACGGGCUUCUCGUGCUAAAAAACAGCUGCUUCCCCACCUCUAUGCACAUCCUGGAGGGAGACCUCGGUGUCAUCAACGGACUCCUUAAAGACCAUUCAUCUGGCGGGAAGUUAACGCAGCUCAAAAUUGCUCAGAGACUUCGGCUUGACCAGCCCAAGCUGGAUGAAGUAACGCGCCGUAUCAAACAAGGCAGCCCCAAUGGCUACGCUGUGCUCCUGGCAACCCAAUCCACCGCGGCAGGGGCAGGGGCUGAGGGGACCUUCCCUGUUGUAGAGCCUGGCUUGCAGCGACGGCUUCUCAGGAAUCUGGUCUCCUACUUGAAACAGAAGCAGGCUGCUGGGGUUAUCAGCCUGCCCGUGGGAGGGGCGAAGGGCAGAGACAGCACAGGCAUGCUUUACGCAUUCCCUCCUUGUGAAUUCUCUCAGCAGUACCUCCAGUCAGCACUAAGGACAUUGGGAAAGUUAGAAGAAGAACAUAUGGUGAUAGUUAUAGUCAAAGACACUGCCUAGCCCACACUGUCUUUUCAAAUUCCAUGUUUUCCUUGUGUGUCACACAACCCAGUUGUUUUUAAGGCCGAUCAUUUUGGUGGAGGCUCAAAACACCUCGACCAAAGUGGUAAGAUUUUUAGUUUCUAAUUAAUUUUAAUACCAUUUAAAUAGAGCCCAUUUUAUUCGUUUUUAAUAUGUGACACUGUCCACUGUUGUUCUGUAUUUUUAUUUUUUAACUGUAUGAAAAGUUGUCAGUAAAGCCUUGUUCACUGAUGGAUUUCUAAACUUGUGCGGUAUCCUAGUUUUUAUGGCCCAGGAAGGGCUGGUUCCCUGUGCUAUCAAGAGCUGGAAGGUGAUGGUCCCAACCCGUUUCAGUUUCUCAGACCCCAGCCCUCCUGCACCUCCUCCAUCUCUUUAUACGCAUCCUCCAAGGUGGGAGGGGGAAGGGGGAGUUCUUCUUUAUGCUGUAUGAGAGACUGAAAGGUUGGUUCUGGUUUUUUUUUUUUUGGUCCUGUUUGCUUUUUCUUUUAUAAAAUUGAGUCUGGAUGCAUUCCUUUUGAUUCUCUAUUUGAGGAUAUAAACUUCCAGGAAGCCAGCUAUCAAGGAAACAAAUCCUGCUCAAGAAUCAAAGUGGUUUUUAGAUAUAACAACAACACAAAACAAUACAGCUAAUACUUGGUGAAAAGUUGGCUGCUAAGGAGUAAACACUGUAGUCAAUUCUGUGAGGUUUGAGGACACCCAAUACCUGUCUCAGUCAAAUAGAAGUUCCUGGGUAAAACAAAAAUGAGGCUCGACAUACCCAGUUUUUGUAAAAGGGGGGAAAAACAAGCAGGAGAGAAAAAAAAAGUAAGGGGGAACCCUCUUGGGCCUGUAUUAGAUGUAGGACAAGCAAACAAAGGACACAAAGGUUUUCGUGAACUGUAGGUGGCCAUUUGCAUAGUCGAUCAUGUUGCACUACCUGAAAUCCUUUACUGAAAGACAAAUGGCAAGAUAUUUUUUGCUAAAGCUGAAACUUGUUUGCAGGCUUAUAAAAAAAAAAAGAUAUGUCAGUCUGUCUGAAAAAUGUGUUAUGUUACUGCAAGUAGCCUGUCUAUGACUGUAGGAAACUCUGGAGAUCAAAAUUUGAAUCUUAAGAUAGGAUUGUUCUGUCACCUUUUCUAUCUGUUGUAUGAGACAGUUGUUCAGGAGACAGGCCAGGACAUCUGCACUUCUGAUUGCUCAGUAAUGUAAGGAUGUGGUCACUAGUUCAAAUUUGAGUUAAAAUCCACACUGUUCAGUUUGGGGAUAUUUGUCUUUUUAAAAAUUAUGCCUGUAGAUUUUAGGAGUCUUACAGAGAAUUGUGUGGGAUUAAAAACACUAAAUUUUAAAGUUUCUUUCAAUUUGCAGGGGUUUUUUGUUUAUUUGUUUUCUUUUUUUGGUUUUGCUGGUAAGCAAGUGAACAAAAAUCCUGGGCGAACCAGUCUGUCUUGCAUCAGUCUCUGUGACCAAGCAGACACUUGCUGACAGCUACCAAAGGCCAUUUUAAAACUGUGCUCUCAGGUAUGAUUGCUAUCAAAACCUAUAUAGCAGGGAGCGUAACUCAGUCUAAUGAUGCUUUUAUUCUUCUAUUUUUCUAACCCUGCAAUUUCACAGUAGGGACAUCGUCACCUAGUGAUGUAUGAGCAGUUCCUUAAUUUAAUAACGUAUUGAUAUCGACAACUAUGGGUUGGUUGGUUGUUUUGAUUUUUUUUUUAUUUUUAACAUUUAAUACUGGGAUUAUAUUAAAAGCAAAUCUGUGUGAUCAUGA